AAUAAAAGAAUGGAGGAAAACACAAUAACAAAGGAGGAACCAAAACGCCCCAAAGCAAGGAGACGGCAGAAGCAGCUCAAAAAGAAACCCUCUUCCACCACCUCCAACAAGGGGCAAUGGAAGGUUGUUCAAACUAAGAGUGGGAAGAAGCGAAAGGCAGAAGGAAACCUAGUUAUCCCCAUGGAACUUGAAAGUGCAGGAGAAGUGACCAAUGGACGACCUGAGUUUCCUCCAUUGAAAAGGGAGAAAUUGGUGGAAAAGUCAGAGAUUAGGAAAGUGGGUGUUCCAGCUCGCCGAUACACACCUCUUCGAGAGAACUGGCUCAAGAUAUUCACUCCAAUUGUGGAAUACCUCAAGCUGAAAAUUCGAUUCAACCUCAAAACAAGAAAUGUGGAAAUCAAGGCAAGUUCUUACCAGUACAAGUUUUUCUUUCCAUCCUACUGUUUUCCUGGCAACUUGAAUUGUUUAAAAAAAUUUUCCCGAUUCUUGAAACUCAUGUUCAUGCAGAGCUGUCCAGAAACUCCAGACAUUACGAAUCUUCAGCGAGCAGCUGACUUUGUGAAGGCCUUCAUUUUGGGAUUUGAUGUUGAUGAUGCCUUGGCCUUGGUCCGGCUAGAUGACCUGUUUGUGGAGUCUUUUGAAAUUAAAGACGUUAAGAGCCUGAAGGGCAACCACCUGUCACGUGCUAUUGGCCGUGUGGCAGGCAAGGGAGGUAAGACCAAGUUUGCAAUAGAAAAUGCCACAAAAACCAGGAUAGUCUUGGCUGACUCAAAAAUCCACAUCCUUGGAUCCUAUCAGAACAUCCAAAUAGCUCGAAGAGCUAUAUGCAACCUCAUCCUAGGUAGUCCACCUUCAAAAGUAUAUGGAACACUUCGAGCCAUGGCAAGCCGUGCAGCAGAGAGAUUCUGA